GUAGAAGUGACGCCAAACCCUUGCUAACGUUAGCUCAUUGAAACCGUUUCUAACGUGUACUGAUGUGUGGAAGUUUUUACAGACGGUUGUUCUGUCUUAUCUCUGAUUAAUAUUUUAUCACUUCAAGAUGAAUUCAGUCCAGAAUCUGAGAGAGUUGAUCAACGAGCGACUAACUGCUGCUGCUGAAGAAAUAUUCACAGAGUUUGAGAAAACCAUCGUCCAGUACGAGGAGGAGAUCGAUCGUCAGCGCAGACUGCUGGAUAACAUCUGGAAACCUGAGAUAAAAUUACACACAACAGACCUUCUGCAGCAACAUGUCCAGGAGCAGAAUGUUCUUCCUGAGCAGAAUCUCUGCAACCACGAGAGGAACUCCAGUGUGGACCAGGGUGAUCCAGAUUCUUCACAGAUGAAAGAGGAACAGGAGGAACUGUGCACCAGUGGGGAGGGAGAGCAUCUUGCACUGAUGCAAGAGGCUAACACACUGGUUCAGUGUAAAUCCAACUGUGGAGAAAUAUCCAGAGAAAUAUUUCUUGUGUCUGAUAAACCAGUCAGCAAGUUGGAUGAAGAGAUUGAUUAUCAGCCCAGGCUGCUGGAUCCCUUCUGGAAACCACGAAUAAGAUUACACAGAAUUGAUCACCCACAUCAAGAUAUCUGGAAAGAGGGGAAUGGUCUUGCUCAUCAGCAGCUCCAUAACCAGGAGAAUAAAUUUAAUCUGAAUCAGGAGGACCCAACGCCUCCACAGAUUAAAGAGGAAGAGGAGAAAUUCAACACUUGUCUGCACCAGAACGACCCAGAGACUCCACAGAUUAAAGAGGAACCGGAGGAACUCUGUACCAGUCAGCAGAAAGAGCAGAUUGUACUGAAUCAAGCUACUGAUACCUUUCUAUUGACUUCAGCUGAUAAGGACGGUGAUCACAGUGAACUAGAACCAAACAGGGAUCAGCUCCUCUCUUACAAUUCACCAGUAGCUGAGAGCCCACAUCAGGAGGGAAGUAAGCAUGUAGACUCAGGGUCAACUAGAAAUGCAGUGCUGAAGCCAAAGAAGAGUCAUAACAGAGAGAGCAGUCACAGUAACAAUGUAGACAAGUCUUCAUUGUCAGGAAGUCACUGUGAUACAGACACAGGUAGAAAGUCUUUCAAAUGUGAUGUUUGUGGAAAGACCUUUAAGAAUAAGUACCAAAUGAAGAAACAUCACCAAAUCCACAACAGUGCAAAACCAAGUGCUUACAAUGCAUGCAGAAAAAAAAUGUAAUUUAGGGUCUGACCUGAAAGUCCAUAUGAUAAUUGACAAAGGUGAGAAACGUUUUUUUUGUGAAACCUGUGGGAAGCGUUUCAGUUGAAAUUGUUAUCUGACUGUCCACAUGAGAACUCACACAGGUAAGAGGCCGUAUUCUUGUGAGAUGUGGCAAAAGUUUCUGUCAGAAUGCAAACUUGUUGUCUCACUUGACAACUCACAAAAGUGAGAAGGCAUAUUGUUGUGAAAGAUGUGGGAAAAAAUUCAGAAGAUGUCGUAGUCUAUAUGUCCACAUGAAAAAUCACACAGGUGAAAAGUAAAAGUAUUGAAGUAAAAGUUCAGUCCCUGGAUGUUUUAGCUGCUGCAGGUGGAGCUAGUUUGAACUACUUUAUAUCCAGUUUUUUACACAAUGACAGAGAGAGUGAGAGAGGAAAGAAGAAAAACAAAGUUCUGAUGCACAAUUUUUCUCAGAUUUUUGGAUGAGAUGUUCACCGUUCAGAGGUGAAAAAUCCCAAUUUUAUGAAGCUGUUAACAACUUAUAGAUGUCUGAAAAGUUGGUGCGACUACACAAUGCUUUUUGUAGGAUGCAAAAAGGAUUUCUGUUAGAGCUGAGUGGAAAGGGAUAUGAUGUUGCUCUGAUGUACUGACAAUGAGUUUACACAUGAAUGUAAUUUCGUAUUUCUCAUGUUAAGUUCAUGUGUAUGUAAAUUGGUUGCAAUCCAGUUCAACUUCAGUCUGUAUUUCUGUGGUGGUUCUUUGUAAAAAAUAAAAAAAAAACAAGAAAAGAAUUUAAACCAGUUUCUAAUUCAGUUCAAUCUGGAAGUAAUAGCUUCAGCUGUUUAUAAGACAGUUUAUUUUGAAAGUUCUACUCAUAGAGACUUCACUUAGUUUCAGAACAAUUUGUUCAGAUCAGAUUACUUUGAUAUAACACACCUGAAGUUUUGCUGUGUGAGUGCUGUACUGAGAUGAAUCUUAAUCUGUACCUGUUGUGGACCUGAACAGAAUCAGAGUAUUCAAUUCCUUCCAUUAAUUUUUGUUGGUAACUUCAGUCUUGUUGGCUGAUAAAAUGUUGAUGAUACAUGGCUUUGUGUGACAAAUUUUAAUGCCAAUAUAAAAUGUCUUCUUUUGCCCGUAUUCUGUAUUUGGUUUAUCUUUCUAUUUUUAAAUCUAACAAUAAACUGUUUGAAACAAG